GCCCGGGGGCAGUUAGGCCCCAGGCAGUGCGCUGAGCCUGGGGAGUGAAAUGCCUCAGGCUCUCUGGGGGUAUGCAAAGCGCAGGUGCGACCAGCUCGGGUAGCAUCUUCAUCGAGUAGCAGCGGGGCAUUUGUGGCAGCAGUAUCCACAACAGGUGUGAACAGGUCCCACCCGACUCCACCCUGGAAAGUCCUUUUGAAGAAAUGGCCCUGGUGAGGGGCGGCUGGCUAUGGAGACAGAGCUCCAUCCUCCGCCGCUGGAAGCGGAAUUGGUUUGCUCUGUGGUUGGAUGGCACGCUGGGUUACUACCACGAUGAGACAGCACAGGACGAGGAGGACCGUGUAGUUAUCCACUUCAAUGUCCGAGACAUAAAGGUCGGCCAGGAGUGUCAGGAUGUGCAGCCCCCAGAGGGCAGGAGCCGAGAUGGCCUGCUGACGGUGAACCUACGGGAGGGUUCCCGCCUGCACCUGUGCGCAGAGACCCGGGAUGAUGCCAUAGCAUGGAAGACAGCCCUGAUGGAGGCAAACUCCACCCCGGCCCCAGCUGGAGCCACCGUCCCACCCAGGAGCCGUCGGGUUUGCCCUAAGGUCAGGUGUACGAGCCUCUCAUGGAAGCCCUGUAAGGUUGAGAGGAGGAUCUGGGUACGCGUCUACAGCCCAUAUCAAGACUACUAUGAGGUGGUACCCCCCAACGCACACGAGGCCACGUAUGUCCGCAGCUACUAUGGGCCACCUUAUGGUCCUGGUGUGACGCAUGUGAUCGUGCGAGAGGAUCCCUGUUACAGCUCUGGCGCUCCUUUGGCCAUGGGCAUGCUUGCUGGGGCUGCCACGGGUGCUGCCCUUGGCUCACUUAUGUGGUCGCCUUGCUGGUUCUGAGCCCUGGGGCUCCAACCUCUGGAUGUGCACGUAGAACGCAAAACCCUUUCUUCUGGACCCUCUCCUAUCUACCACCUAAACUCUGUCCCAUUUUGACCCCUUUCUCUCCAUUAAGUCCUCUAGGCUUGGCCCAUUCUUCCCACCAUUUAUCCUCCACUUAUCCUCCUUCCCUCUCAGAGAAAGCUAACAUCUCAGACACAGACACAGCGGAACGUCCGUACACCUAUUGCCAGGCAACCCCAUAAAUCACAUGGGAAUUUCCUCUAGACACAGCAAACAUAACUUUAUUUGACUUUAAGUGUCUGAGGAAUGCAACUCACAAGAGAGCAAACAACAAAGUUACAGUUAUCUGUCUGGCAAGGAUAAGUGGGGGCAAGGUCAAGGCAGACAGUUUAGGUGCCCAAAGGAUCACAUGACAGUUGGCUUGGCGUUGUGGCAGGGGUUGUAGUGGCCUUAGCUUUAGGCGAAGGAGCUUGCUGGAUAAAGGCAUGAUGGGGCUUUUUAUGAAGUUUCUGGAUUUCAACUAUAAUGAAUACUUUGCUUGUCUAGUUAGUACUGGCAGAACAUACACCCUUAUCCAGAACACGGCAUUUGGCACCUUUUCCCCACUUGGUAGCUUCCCUAUGAUACUUCAGCUAACCCUAAGGUUUCCUAGCUGUGGAAACAGGUGAGCUCUUUGGGACCUCUGGCCUUACAAAGUUGCUUCCAUUAGGAAAUGCCUUUCUGAUCCCAGGAGCUCAGCUCUGACUUUGACUGUUAACAUCUGAAGCUUUUUCUCUUCCUUCACUUUGGAGGGAAAUGGAAUUAUUUUGCUCUAGGGCCUGACCCACCUUGGCACCAGCCUGGGGAAUCUCUCAUGUGCCUGUCUGUAGGUGGCAAGCAAUCUUUCCAUUUGAUCCCAUUCCAAACUAUUCCAUCAACCUGUCCCAAUUGCCAAUAGAAAAGCUGAAAUCCCUGGCUCAGAGGCCAGAGUGCCCACUAAAAUUCCUAGCAUAUGUGAGGGCGCCACUGGCCCAGCUGCAGACACUAAUAAAGAUAUGACUGGCCCCAGAA